AUGGAAAGUCCCCUAGUUGUGGCGGUCCACGGCCCUUUAAAUCAUGUUUGGUUAUCAGAAAAUGGACUGGGGAUCUAUAGAAGAACAACUGCUUCAAAUGAAUCCACUCACAAUGAGAUACUCAUUGAAAAUGUUAAGUGGGGCACGUCAAUAUACAACGAUGAGUUUAUGAGACGCCUUGCUAAAAGUUCCUUUGAGGUGUUUUCAGCACUUCAAAAAUGUUCAGAGCAGAACUCAACUUUCGGCAGGUUCGGAUGA